AUGUCUAUUAAAGCAGGAAUAUUAGGCGCUACAGGAACUGUUGGCCAGCGUUUCAUACUCCUUUUAUCCGCUCAUCCGCAAUUUACUAUAAAUGCUCUCGGUGCUUCCGCGCGUUCUGCUGGUAAAACAUACGAAGAGACUACAAAAUGGAAGCUGAGCAGUGAUAUACCGGAAGAAGUAAAGGGGAUGAUGGUAAAAAAUUGUGUGCCAGAGGAAUUUAAAGAAUGUGACGUUGUGUUUUCUGGAUUGGAUGCUUCAGUUGCGGGAGAGAUUGAAAUGUCGUUCCUCCUGGCUGAUUUGGUCGUUUUUUCGAACGCGAAAAAUUACCGCCGCGAUCCAACUGUCCCGCUAAUUGUUCCGACCGUCAACGCAUCUCACUUUGAUCUAAUCGCUCAUCAACGCAAACUCCACUCUCUCCGCAAGGGAUUCCUUGUAACUAAUGCUAACUGCUCCACCACCGGACUCGUAGUCGUCCUGAAACCACUUCAAGACGCCUUUGGUCCAUUGGAAUCUGUGAUCGUUAACACUCUCCAAGCAAUUUCUGGUGCUGGAUAUCCCGGCGUGGCAUCAUUAGACAUAUUUGACAAUAUUGUUCCAUACAUCAGUGGCGAAGAAGAAAAGAUCGAAUGGGAAACACUGAAAAUUCUGGGAGGUAUUAAUGAAGCCAGGAGCGCUUUUCAGUUGUUGUCGGAAACAAAAGUCUCGGCGACGUGUAAUCGUGUGCCCGUGUUGGAUGGACAUACAGAAUGUGUCUCGGUAAAGUUCAAGAGAAGGCCGCCACCUUCAGUUGAAGAGGUGGUAAAAGUAUUGGAGGAGUAUGUUUCUGAUGCGCAAAAGAUUGGAUGUUAUUCUGCUCCAAAGAAGGCAAUCGUGGUUAGCCGACAGGAUGAUAGACCACAACCGAGACUAGAUAGAGAUAGCGGAAACGGGUACAGUGUGACUGUCGGUAGAGUGAGAGAGUGUGGUGUUUUAGACAUCAAAUUUACUUUGUUGGCGCACAAUACUAUUCUUGGUGCCGCGGGCAGUGGGAUAUUGAACGCAGAGAUUGCAUUGGCGAAGGGCAUAUUGGUCGUCGAUGACCAUUAA